CAGUAACCUAUUUUGACAUCAUACAGACAUAGUUCCAUUAUGUGAGAAACCUAUAAUUGUCCAUCUACAAAUGCUUUUGUUAAUAAUCAUUCCUAAAGAAAUAAGAAAGAAAUGUGUAAGAAAGUUGCUUUAAAGAAAACUACUUUAAUAACUGGAUUGUAGUGUUUAAAGCUGAGAAUAAUGAUUAUCCUUAGUUGCUUUUCAUUAAAAAAAUGUUUUGCUGAAAAAGUUAUUUCCUGGCCUGAUAUUUGGUUAUGGCAUGAUGUAGUUAUGAUGAACCAUCUUAAUGAUAAUCUGCUGGGAAUCUCUUGGGUUGACAGUUCCUGGAUCCCCAUUUUGAACAGUGGAAGUGUCCUGGAUUACUUUUCAGAAAGAAGUAAUCCUUUCUACGACAGGACAUGUAAUAAUGAAGUGGUCAAAAUGCAGAGGCUUACAUUAGAACACUUAAAUCAGAUGGUUGGAGUGGAAUACAUCCUUCUACAUGCUCAAGAGCCCAUUCUUUUUAUCAUUCGGAAGCAACAGCGGCAGUCCCCUACCCAAGUUAUCCCACUGGCUGAUUACUAUAUCAUUGCUGGAGUGAUCUAUCAGGCACCAGACUUGGGGUCAGUUAUAAACUCUAGGGUGCUCACUGCAGUGCAUGGCAUUCAGUCAGCUUUUGAUGAAGCUAUGUCCUACUGUCGAUAUCAUCCUUCCAAAGGUUAUUGGUGGCACUUCAAAGAUCAUGAAGAACAAGAUAAAGUCAAACCUAAAGCCAAAAGGAAAGAGGAACCAAGCUCUAUUUUUCAGAGACAACGUGUGGAUGCUUUGCUCCUGGACCUUAGGCAGAAAUUUCCACCCAAAUUUGUGCAGCAAAAGUCUGGAGAAAAGCCUGUCCCAGUGGAUCAGACAAAGAAAGAGGCAGAACCUAUACCAGAAACUGUAAAAUCUGAGGAAAAGGAGACCACGAAGAACGUCCAACAGAUAGUGAGCACUAAAGGCCCCCCGGAAAAACGAAUGAGGCUUCAGUGAGUACUGGUCAGAGAGAAGCUUGCAAGACUCCUCUUGUCCAUUAUUGAUACCUCAUUACCGUGACAGGCUCUUGAACUUUAAAAUUCUUUGUCACGACCCUUCCAUUUGUACAGAAUGUGCUUGUUCUUUAAGAAGGAUGUAAGGAUCCUCAUGCUUUUGAUAAAUAUUUUUUAUGUAUCUUUUGUAACCUUUCCCCUACUAGACUUGAGCAGCUUCCUUACUCAAAUGUAUACUGCUAUAUAUACAUCUAAAAACAAAAUAAAAGUAUUUGUAUAAAUC